AUGGCCAUGAAGCACAUUGUGAACACCAGGCGCUCGCUUUUCUGGAUACUGCGGUGGCUUCUGUGGCUGUUGAUCAUUGUUUGCCUCGCGAUCCUGACUUGCCUUUGGUUCAUGCAUGAUUUGUGGUUGACGGUGAACCCUACUGACAAGGUUGGAGGACUGGCAUUGAGCGAAGCUACGACGCCUCUACAUGCAGCGAACCUGACCAUGGAAUCCAAGGACCGGCGUGGCGAUGGAGUGCUGUAUGUGGUGCGGUCGGGUCACAAGAACUACAGAUUCCAGGUCUCCUCCAUUCUCAGAACAUGGGGACAAGACAUCCGAGCCUCACCAUCAGAUGGUCUCAUAGUGGUGGGCGACGUAGCUGUGCAGAAUCCGGCUGUCUUAGGGGUUCUGGAGUGCGGCAAGGAUCACAGCCUUGGCUUGUGUUGCAAGACAGGCUACGCAUUGCAGUUCGCACACCACUGGGUCGAUGACUUCGCCUGGUUCUUCGUGGUCGACGACGACACCUUCGUGAACAUCCGAAACUUGCGCCAGGUGCUCUCGACCUUCAGCUUUUUGGAGGCCCAGGCGCUGGGAGUCUUGGGAUGUGGGCCCGGCUUCUGCGAGGACGGUCUCGGAGGCUUCUGUGGGGGAGGCGGCUACGCCUUGAGCAGGGCUGCCCUGAAGAGGAUCAUGGCAAACUCCACCUCCUCCUUUCAAGUGGAUCUCAUGUCCCACCUGGCUACGGAGAGAGACGGCAUGGCCUAUGAUGACAUCAGUGUGGCAUGCCUCCUGAAAAGGCAUCGCGUGCGCCUGCAGCCCUUGCAUGGACUCUACGCCUUUGGGUCCCCGAAGCAGUGGCUUGAUGACGCGUAUGAGCGGGCCAUUACCUCUCAAAGCCCCUUACCCAUUACCUUCCACUACGUGGGCCCGAUCCUCAUGGAGGCCCUCCACAAUCGCUUCGAGAGGCUAAGUGCCGAGGGCGAUGUCGCGGCACCAGAGUCAGAAAAGCGCGUCGAAUCCUCAAACCAAUCCUCCCCCCCAGCCGAAGCCGCAAAAUUCUCUGACUUCACUGCGACCUUCGCGGUUCUGUCCCGGCUCCCCGGCACCUGUGAUAAAGCCAUUGUUCGAUAUGUGUCACACCCACCCGGUGGCGGCUCAUCCAUCUCCUUCGGCUAA